CAGGGCGAGCCUUGGCGGCAGCGCUUUGCGGGAGGUCGGCGUAGCGCGGCCGGGUGGGCACCGAGGCUGCCCGAGCGCGCCGGGAAGUCACAGCCGGGGGGAGCCCGGGCCUGUCACGCCCGGCUCGGGAGUUACGUUGCGGAGACCCGUAAAACCAGAACGGGUCGUGUGUUUGUGCUGGCUCUGGCAGUAAAAGAAUAACCCGGAAUAACCAGGCGCUCUGAUGCGUGGCAUUACCUUCGUUGCACUGGUGGCUGCUUGAUUUCCCUUUUAAUUCCUGCCUUCCUCGGAGUCCCCUAAAUUAGCUGUUUUUAAGAACUUGACCUAGAGAGGCGUUGAGGGGAUUUAUUAAAACUGAAGUGCUGUUGGCUGCUUGGUCCCUUGAGGGAGGGAGGCUUGGAAGUGCCUCCUCUGGCAGGGAUGAGGCUUCGGAGGUCGCGGGACCACACGCAGUUGGGCUUGGGAAGGCGUUAACCUUCCCUCUUUAAACCCAGCCAGCUGUAAAGUGCAGUAAAACCAUGAAUCUUACGCAGCGGAGGAUCCAGCACUGCAGGAAUGUGACCAAGAAGAACAGCUGACGUGCUCCGCUCGGCCUCGCCUGCUGUAGUGUUAAGCUGUGCAUUGGGCAGGCGGAGGCAACGCGAAGGGGUGUGAUGUCCAGCAUGAACAGUGCCAGAAAUGAUGGCUACGUCCAAGAGCUAUUCCAUGAGGAAGCACAGCAGGUAUCUCAAACACAGACCAAGCCCUGGUGGAAGAUCCAGCUGUUUGUGUGGGAGCCGGUGCUUUUUGGAACAUGGGAUGGCGUCUUCACCUCCUGCAUGAUCAACAUUUUUGGAGUGGUUCUUUUCCUGAGGACAGGAUGGCUCGUGGGAAACACUGGCAUUGUAAUGGGCAUGUUUCUGGUAUCCUUUGUCAUCCUGGUUGCCCUGGUGACAGUCUUGUCUGGAAUUGGAGUGUGUGAGAAGUGCAGCAUUGGAAGUGGAGGAGUCUACUCCAUGAUUUCUACUGUCCUUGGAGGUCAAGUAGGGGGGACCAUUGGCCUCCUUUAUAUUUUUGGCCAGUGUGUUGCAGGUGCCAUGUACAUCACUGGCUUUGCGGAAUCCAUCGCAGAUGUCCUGAGCCUCAGCAACAUCUGGGCAGUGCGCGGCAUCUCCCUGGCUGUCCUGCUGGGCCUGCUGGGGAUCAACCUGGCCGGGGUGAAGUGGAUCAUCAGGUUCCAGCUCCUGCUGCUCUUCCUGCUGGCUGUCUCGACGCUGGACUUUGUCAUUGGGUCCUUUACACACCUUGAUCCAGAGCAUGGCUUUGUCGGCUACUCUGAAGAGCUUAUGUUCAACAACACGCUGCCGAACUACAGCCAGGGGGAGUCCUUCUUCACUGUUUUUGGAGUGUUUUUCCCAGCUGCCACAGGUGUGAUGGCUGGCUUCAAUAUGAGUGGAGAUCUCCAGAAACCUGCUACCAACAUCCCCCUGGGGUCUCUGGCCGCUGUUGGCACCUCGUGGUUUCUGUAUAUGGUCUUUGUUUUUUUGCUGGGAGCCAUUUGUACCCGUCAGUCGCUCCGCUAUGACUUCAUGAUAGCAGAGAAGGUAUCCUUGGUGGGUUUCUUGUUUUUGCUAGGGCUGUACAUCUCAUCCCUGGCCUCCUGCAUGGGAGGGCUAUAUGGAGCACCCAGGAUCCUACAGUGCAUCGCCCAGGAGAAUGUGAUCCCCAUGCUCGCCUUUCUUGGACGUGGGAAAGGACCUAAUAAGACUUCAGUGGCUGCGAUUUGCUUAACAAGUCUCAUCACCAUGGCUUUCGUCUUCAUUGGGCAAGUGAAUGUUCUUGCUCCCAUUGUCACCAUCAACUUCAUGCUGACAUAUAUUGCUGUAGACUAUUCCUAUUUCUCAGUCUCCUUGAGCUACAAAGUUCAGCAGAAACCUGACAACACCCAGAUGGGAAAUGCUAGACCUGCUCACGUUUCCCAGCCUUUAAUUUUCAACAAGCCUUCCAGCCAUGCAGCAGAUGGAGUAAUUCAAAGCAGAUCAAAUGGUACCUUGCUGGAAUUCAGAAAAGACAUGGACCAGCUUUUUAAACCAUUUCGUAGUGAGCCAGGUACUUGCAAAAAAGGAGGAGCUGAGAAUUUAACUCAAAAGCUCAAACAAAAGAAGGCAAAGAAGCCGGCCAAGCAGACGUUACACGACAGCUUUCUCCUGGAUCUCCAUCAUGAUGCUCCCCUGGCUCAGUAUGGCUGGGAUGAGACCGUGGAGCCCCGCAAGGAGAGCUGGCAGGACCUGGCUGAGGAGGGCUGUCAGCAUGAUGCCAAUCCAUGCUCAUCACUCUCUGCAGAUGCCCAGUGGUCCCCCAGGCUGCUGGAGCAGGGGGAGCAGCUCUGUAGUGAGGUGCCAGCGCUCCCUGGCCAGAAGGGAGAAGAAUCAUCUAUAAAACAACAAAAUCCAAAGCUGGGAAUUCAGCAAACACCAGAAUCCUUCUACUCCAAAUUCUGCAAUCACUGGGUUUCCUUUGCUGGUGCCAUCGUGUCCCUCAUUGUAAUGUUUGUCAUUCAGUGGAUCUACACCCUCGUCAGCCUGGGUGCAGCGGUUAUUCUGUAUUUCUACAUUGGCCAAGUGAGCCCCGGACUCCCCCUUGGAGCAGCAGCAAAUUUCAGUUUCUUUGGCUGGAUUAAGUCGCUUUUGAUCACCUUGUGCAGGAGAAGGCCAUCUCCCCGAGAGCAGAUCGUGGUGACACCGUCCUUUGCAACAGUUGGCAUGGAGACCACGCAGCUCACCCAGGAGAACACAGACUUCGCCUCGAGGGACCGCUAUCACCAGUCCUCACUUAUCAGCAGAGAGGAGUUUGGGAAUCAAUUCCAGUAAAGGACACACAAAAAAAAAAUCAAGCUGUCACUUCAGAAAGCAUUUAGAAAUGCUAAUGGCUGCCACUGUGCCUGGUGAAAUAACUUGAAUAUAUAUGGAAAGGAUGUGAAUCGUUAUUUAAAUAUUCCAGGCUUGUUUGUUUAUGCAAAUGACAAUGUUGCUGGGUUUCAUAUCUUACCCAAAGGGGGAAAAACUGCAAAUGAAAGGGCCAGUUCAGGGAAGCCACGAGGGUUACUGAGGACAGUAUAAUCCUUUUAAAGAAUUCAAUUAUAAGCGCUGUUGAGCUCUAAAGACCAUCACCGCUAUAAAAGCUUACAACACCCCAUUUCAGAUGUCUUCUAGGUGACUAGGGAUGCUUUGUGCCUGGGAGUGGUGACCUCGGCAGCAAGAGGCAGCGCCCUGCUCCCGGCUGUGCCACGGAUGGGUGCGACCUUCCAGGUCAAUUCAUUUCUCCUCUCGGCAUGAAUUUGCCUGCUUGUAAUACAGUAAUUUUCUACCUCAGGAUUUCAAUUAUCAAGGUCUUAGAAAGUACUUUAAGGCAUUAGACAAUAGGCCAGAAUUCAGUGGCAAGUGUGAGAAGAUGAUGAAAUAUAUUCACAACUAGAAUCGCACAUUUUGGUGCAGUAAUGCUGUGUAAUGACCUCUACUAUAAAACUGUGAAAUGAUGCCUUAGAAACUGUUCCUAGUGAUUUCCCACAUCCUUUCUGAUGUGACACCUGCAACCUGAUGGCAUAGCUGGAUCCAAAUAGAGCAUUUGGGACAGAUCUGAAGGGACAGAUGAUUCAGAAAUGCCUUAACAAAGUACAUUUGACCUCACCUUUGCUCGUUUUGCUUAAAGCCCAUCCCAUAGUGAGCACCCACGAGGAGCCAUUUCUCCCACUGCCAUGAUCUGAGACGUGAGAGGUUCAGCUGGGGACGCUGCAGGAUUUCCUGCGCAGCCCUUAGGCUUGGUGGCAGUGGCAGUGGCUGUGGGGUGAGGUCUUACAUGGACACCCCCAUCACCAUUGGUUCUGCUCCCCCAGGGAAACCCCCUGCGCGGAGUGCUGUCCUGCCUGCAGGCAGCAGUCGUGGCAGAGACCCGCAGAGGUGCGAGGGAGGGCUCUGGGACGAGGCAAGCCCCAGCACCACAGAUCACUGCUGAUGCUACAAAGAGGGGGAAAUCACCGCCUUCCCCUUCCUUUCAUCUCGGAUUGUUUCAGCCUUUAGAUUAUUUCUCCUUCUGUGCAAUAAAAGCUUGAGACACCA